UUUUAAGUGAGGCAGAAGUCGAUGAUCAGAUUGAUGAAGGAUGUAUUAAAGGUGUCCUUAGUAACAUUAUAACAGCUGGGUUUCUUUCUACCAAAGGGGCACUGACAGGUUUCUUUCUACUUAUGCUUUACUAUCCAGAGAUUCAGCACUGUAUUCAAAAGGAAAUAGACGACAAUAUUGGCAAGGACAGAAAACCUAGUCUAGACGAUCGAGCAGUAAUGCACUACACAAACGCUACUAUUUUAGAAUGUCUGAGAUUCAUUGGUCAUGUUCCAUUUGGCGUACCUCAUUUGGCAAGGGAAGAUUUGGAAGUAGACGGUAUGAGGAUUCCAGCAAAUACUAUGCUUAUAACCAACCUAUGGGUGAUGAAUCGUUCUGAGAAAGUAUGGGAUAAGCCUGGCGAAUUCUUGCCUGAAAGGUUUUUAGACAACGAGGAAAAGUUACUCCCCAAGGAACACCCCUUAAGGUCACAAUUUAUACCGUUUGGAUCCGGAAGAAGAUCCUGCAUUGGAGAAUCGUUUGCAAAGUCUCGCAUGUUCCUAUAUGUGACAUCGUUAUUACAGACAUUUGUAUUUUCACCCGGUAAAAAUAAACUGGCUCCUCUAGAUCCAGCAACAUGGAAACUAAACGUUGCUAUGCAGCCUGAUUUUCUGAACUGUAUUGUCCGUUUACGACAAAGUAGAAACAUUUCGUGA